AUGUCAACCGAUAAUAGAUUACUAUUGAUAAUUUUACUUUUCAUCACAUUAUUGUCCGGACAACAAACGCAGCAUUUAACUACCGCUCAAGUGCAAGCCAGUAAUAAGAGUGCAACGCCAAUUGAAACAGGCAGUCGAUAUGAAGGAGGACGAGCAAUUUACUCGCCACAAUUGGAAUACACGGAAUGGGUUCCUUUAGGGCGAGGAGACCCUUUGAAGAACGAUCCAACUUACGACUAUAGUCCGCCAAAAGUUGAUUUUGUGAAAUAUUGGGCCGACGGCACGGGACACAAAGAAAAGGGAAAAACUGAACUUCUUUUGCUUGGAGUUCCGCAACAACGGCACAAAGAGCCUGCGAAUAAACAUCAAGCAACUCGGAGGAAUUUCGCUUUCAAUGAUUUGCCGACGAUGUUAAUGCCUCCCCCGCCGGCAAGUAAGCAAUUUAACGAUCACAUUAAUCCGCAUGUUCCAAUUGAGUCGUACAAGAUGCCGGUACAACCGUUGAAUUGGAAUAACAAUCGAAAGUCCGUUAUUGAUACUUAUGUUGAGCCGGGACCUGCGAAGACGUAUACGACGAUUUUUAGACCGAUUUUGUCUUCGACGAUUUAUCAGUAUCAUCACACGUAUAAAGCGCCUCCAGUUGAAGGUCCAAAUUUCAUCGAUACCUUCCACAAACCUCACGUAAUCCACGAAUCAUACAAAAUUCCCUUGGACAACACAGAACUCUUCCUUCCAACAAAACCUCCAUCUUCCUCAAACAACGAUCUCUUCUUCGCUUCAUCUGAAUCUCGCAAACCAGCUCUCAUCAAAACGCUCGAAGGAUCUCCCUUCGCCAAACCCUCACAGGACAAACACUUUACAGUAUCUGAUUCUGUCGACGCUCAAAGCAUCAAUUACGCUUUCACGUAUCAAACGACCUCAACAACGACCAGUACGGAAAAGCCUACAACUCCUUACGUGCCUUUACCGCCUCCUCCGCCAGAAACGACAACAACUCAAGCCCCGGAAACCACAACUUCCAUGUAUGCUCGUUUCGAGCCAAAAACAAAGCCUCCGCGUGGUCCAAUGUCACUCGUAAUUGAAGGUCAUUCCAAGGUUAAAACUUACAAACCCGGGCAAUUCGAUCCCAAGGAGAAACAUCGUCCUGUUCUUGUGCCAAUUCAGUCAGCAGAUCCGAUUCAACGACGCGUUAUCAAUACGGAAGAAAAUGGCGUCGCAUUGGAAGUGAAACAUUUACACAGCAGCGAAGAAAAAAAGAGCGAAACGAAGAAAAUUGAAUUAACAACGCCGAAAAGUCCUGAGAAAAAGUUGGAAAAGGAAGGAAAAGAAGAAAAAUCAGCAUUUUCAAGUUUACUGAGCUUCCUUGAUACCUCCUUUGGGGACUUGGUUGUUCAAGAAGAAUCCUCGGAGGAACAAUUGGACGAAGAAAACAAAAUUGGCGCGAAAAAUUUAGAACAAAAUGGCGGAAGUGACAACAACAUUCGAAGAAGCGCGCGAAAUAUUUCGCCAAACGAACCACAUUUCGUACUAAAAAAGCUCAAGCCAUAA